AAAUCCAGUGGAGGAUGGAGAGUCUAGUGGUUCCUUUUUCUUGAUAUAUUUUCAAACAAUAGCGUUUAUGUCUUAUAGGAUUUGCAUCAAAUUUAGUUCAGCAAAACGCGGGCGUAAUGUUUGGCACAAUAGUUUGAAAUGUUGUACGUGAGAGGAGUCAUGUUUUUACGCUUCCGCUUUCGGUACGUGACCAUGACCGUGACAUGUCACGCUAUUAGAGUCUUUGUUGUUGAAUGUGCAGACAGAGUUACAUACAUAAACAGAGACCAGAGGGUUGCACAUCAAAACAGCGAUGUUUCGUUUGAUUCAGAGCGCAGCUCGCUUGAAUAGAUUGCAAAGAAAGAUUUGCUCUCAAAGUCUGUGGAAUUCAUGUCAGACAGUUGCACAAACACAGAGUUUGCGUUGCGGAGCAGCCCUGCCAACGACCCGCCAUUUUCAUAGCUCACAACAAUAUCAACGGGAGUUACGCGAAUACGAUGAGGUGUUUAAGAAAUCCAUAGAAGAACCAGAAGAAUUCUGGGGAGACCUGGCAGACGAAAUCGACUGGUAUAAACCGUUUGCGAAAGUAAUGGACAAUUCUAAACCACCCUUUACAAAAUGGUUUGUUGGUGGUGAGAUGAACACCUGUUAUAACUGCCUUGACCGGCACAUUGAAAGAGGGAAAGGAAGACAUACAGCUUUGAUUUAUGACAGUCCACUGACUGGCAAGAUAGAAAUGUAUUCCUAUCAAAACCUACAGGCCUUGGUGGCAAAGUUUGCUGGUGCACUUGCACAAUUAAAUGUUGGAAAAGGAGACCGAGUUGUGAUUUAUAUGCCAAUGGUUCCUCAGGCUAUUAUUGCCAUGUUGGCUUGUGCUCGACUUGGUGCAGUCCACUCUGUUGUGUUUGGGGGUUUUGCUGCUCAGGAGUUAGCAAGGAGAAUUGAGCAUGCUGAGCCACGUGUGGUAGUGACUGCAUCUUGUGGUAUUGAGCCAACCCGUUUAGUGUAUUACAAACCUAUUUUGGAUGAAGCCAUCAGGUUGUCCAGCUACAAACCUUCAACUUGUAUUGUGUACCAAAGAGACCAGUGUUCGGGUGACAUUGUUCCAGGGCAAGACAUCACAUGGGAUCAAGUGAUGGAGAAAGCACGUCCACAUGACUGUGUCCCUGUGAUGUCAAAUGAUCCUUUGUAUAUCCUAUACACAUCUGGUACCACAGGGGACCCAAAGGGUAUUGUGCGUGAGAAUGGUGGCCAUGCUGUAGCCCUCCAUUGGAGCAUGAGAAAUUUGUAUGGCAUUAAUCCUGGAGAGGUCUGGUGGGCAGCCUCUGAUCUUGGCUGGGUUGUCGGUCAUUCCUACAUUGUUUAUGCUCCUUUGUUGUCAGGUUGCACAACAGUUUUAUUUGAGGUAAAUGUACUACUACAAGAUAUUUGCUGGAAAAUAACAAAGAUCAUCGUCCCGGAAAAUUUCAUCGCAGAAGCCCAAAGCUUAAAGUUUCACUCAGAUAAACUUAAUGGACUAUUGUUUGUGUGUAGUACUACCAGAAUGCAAAACACCUGUUUUAUUGCUCUUGUUAGUUUUCGUGACCUGUUUGUCGCUGGGGAACACAUGGACAAAGAUACCAUGGCGUGGACUAGGAAAGCCAUCAGUGCACCAGUGUACGAUAACUGGUGGCAGACUGGUACGGUGAUAUCGGAUUUUUUUCUGUGUAUAGUCAAAGUUGUCAAGGAUGACAUGACAGAGGUUGACCGUGGAGAUCUGGGUCAAGUUGUUGUCAAGCUUCCGCUUCCACCCGGAACCAUGUCAACGUUAUGGAGGGCUGAUGACAGGUUUAUCAAAACUUACUUCACGAAAUAUCCGGGUUACUAUGACAGCAGUGACGACGGCGUGAUGGAUGAAGAUGGAUUUGUGUCAAUCAUGGCUCGCACCGAUGACGUCAUCAACGUGGCAGGCCAUAGAAUCUCUACGAAAUCUUUAGAGGAGGGAAUGAUUCACCUCGAUUUCGUGAUUGACGCAGCCUGCGUUGGACAGGAAGACCCGAUCAAAGGUCACGUGCCAGUUGGCUUUGUUGUCAUCGACAAAACGAAGCCUAUUACAAGAGAAGAAGCGGUCCAACAGGUUAUUCAGAGUGUGCGUGAGUUUGUUGGGCCUGUAGCCGCCUUCAAAACUGCUGUCAUUGUACCAUCACUCCCUAAGACACGCUCAGGUAAAACCGUUAGAGGUGUGCUGUCCAAGAUCCUUCACGGAAAACCAUAUCGGAUUACGCCGACAAUGGAAAAUCCACACGUGUUGGAAGACAUUGAGGAAAUUGUACGCGAGGAAGGAAUCAUCGAGCGUGCACUAAAACAGUGAGAUAGAGAUAAGAGUAGACAGUAUUGGUAGUUGGAAUAUUGAGAAUAUUUACUUUGGAGUAAGUAAGGGGAAAAUUAACUGAACUUGGAAAAAAUAUAUCAGAACCUCGUCAAUUACUGGGCAGUGUUUUCGUGUAAAAAGAAGAUCUUGAGAAUUAGUGUACAGCUUGCAGAAAUUGUCGGGCGGUUUGUCCGUGUUUUAACGUGCCGAGUCGGGAUUUUCUGUGACUUCACUCUCGAGACCAAUUCUCUUAACUAGAUUUCAAUACAAUUACCUUAACGGUCUUUGAGAGACUUGGUUUUCUGGUCACUGGGGAAAGAAUUACACAGGUAAUCCAUGACGUUACCAGCUCUAAGAGAACAUUGCCUAGUUUAGGAUCAUCUUUUUUCUCAUCACUUCUCUUUAUAACAAUGUACAAAUAUUUUAAGGAGAAAUUAGAGUUUAAUCACAUUAAAGAAUUAAAACACGGACAUCAUAGUUUUAUCGUAAUGCGUUGUUUAUUCUCAAAACCUCAUUGCUUCAGUGUUUUCUAAAUAUGUCUGACCUACUAUCAAAAUUUUAUUUACUUUCCUCCAGGCGUUCAGUUAGCUGGGGCGCAAAGCGAAAAAACGGCGGAGCGAGUUAAAGGAGAGACGUUUGUCCCUUUUUUCCAUGCGCCAUUUUCCGAGCUGGGUAUAACAACUAACUGAACGUCUGGAAGAGGUUUUAUUUUAUUCUUUAAAGUGUAAAUUUCUGUACACAGUGAAAAUAUUAGCUAUACAACAGUCAAUGUUCAGCAACUACACGAGCUCGAAAUUUGUCUACGCAAUGGCUAACUUGACUGUUACUCGUAGAAAACAAAAGUAGUUCAGUUUCUAAAUUCUUUUUUUGUAGAAACUUUCCCUAUCCUGUGACCUAAGAAAAUGUACUCUGUGUAAACAUUUCUAACAUAAAUUUAUAGUGAUACCUACACUAUGACUACAAGCGUGAGGGCUGACUAUCAGCAGUUAGUUUCACAUGGCAACGGUAAAGCCAAUCAAAUUUACAGAUUCCCUAUAACCUUCGGCUAAUUUCUACAGACGCAUGUCAACUGUUCACACCCACUGUAGUUUAGUCUCAAAUUUAUACCGAUAAGGUAAUAAUAAUAUACAUAUCUAUUACUUGAUACAGAAAUAAAUUCUAUAUUAUAUGUAGUCCGCUUUUCCCUAUCUACACCGAAAUCUCCUAUUACUCUGAAAUCGAAGACUUUGCAAUUAACUCUCUCAAUUAAAUUCAAUUGUUCAGCAAAUUUUCAAUAAUUCCUUGAGUUUCAGUUGAGAAGAGAUUGGAUACCAGAAGAACGGAGGCGUGCGAAAUAGCUUGGCACGUCCCAGCACUCUCCGCGUGCCUCUGCAUUUCUAGUUGCCAGUCUCUAUCUGCGUUCAAAUGAAAGCCAAUCACUAAUUACCAGUCUUACGCAGUCAUGGUUCUCUCAAACAGUCAGUACAAGUAACAAGUUGUUUUGUUCCAGGAAUUAACACUCUGUAGCAUACCGUAAACUGUCGCUUAUACGCCCUGGGCUUGUACAAGGGCUUUCUAGAUGGGCUUAUAUCCGAGGGGGCUUAUAACCAGAAUAAAAAAAA